GCACUCAGAUAAGAAAGAGAAGCGCACAGCAGCAAUAAUGCUCCCUGAAUUGCAAAAAUUGGAUUUGUCUUGGCUGCCGAAACUAAAAUGCGUUGUCUUCGACGAGAAGGUGUCCAAAACCAAAACUGUGGUGGGUUUUCCGAAUCUCACAAAACUCACUGUGGAGGAGUGCGAGCGUUUAACAGAUCUCAUCCCGCUCACAACAGCCACAACUCUUCUGAAACUGGAGACACUGCGAAUAGAGCGAUGCAAGGGCAUGAGGGAGGUUGUUUCCCAAGGGGACGGCAAAGCAGACCAGAUGGAUGAAAUCAUCAUUCCCCGUUUGCAGUCAUUGGAGCUUUCUUCUCUUGAAAGCCUGGAGUGUUUCUUCUAUGGUAGUUCUCCUCCAUUUCGAUUUCCCUCCUUGAAAGAUCUAAAAAUAACUGAUUGUUAUAAGAUGAAGAGGAAGGGGUUCAUUGCUGAGCCUCCAAAUGGGGGACCUCAACUUCAAGAUGAUGAUGUUGCCUCCCAGGGACUUUUCAAUGAGAAGGUCUUUCUUCCAAAUUUGGAGAAAUUACAGAUUAGCGGCAUCAAAUCGAGAGCUCUAUGGAAGAAUCACCUUUCUCCGGAGAACUUCUGCAAAUUAAAACUUCUUGAGGUGGAGAGAUGCACUGAGCUCCUCAGCAUUGUUCCAUCUUUUAUGCGGAAGAGGCUGCGGAACCUGGAGUGCCUCAAAGUAGAUGAUUGCUCUUCAUCAGUGUGUAUAUAUGAGGGCUUGGAUGCUGGAGAUAGCAGCACAUCAGCCGGGAUGAACCGUCAGACAUACCCCGAAGAUGAAGCGUAUUUGGAGAAACUCCAAGAACUACAUGUAUUUGAUUGUCUGAAGCUACGAUAUAUAAUUGGGAGCAGAGAUGGAAAGUGCAGACAUGCGGCUCCCGGAAUCCUAAUACUUCCCAAGUUAACAACUCUUGAACUUGAGAAAUUGCCAGCACUUUGUAAGUUUUGGCAGGGGAGCUUAUGCACUUUAGAGUUGCCAUCCUUGAAUAAGUGGCUUGUCAGAGAGUGUGGAGGUCUAGAGGAGGUCGUGAGUGAUGCUGUAGAUAUACAACAACAAGAUUUAGACGACCAAAUUGAUAUCGCGAUUCAGCAAAAGAGACGGCCAGCUGCAAUUCCCGACUUGCCAAUUCUGGAGUCGACGGAUUGGAACGAUGAGCUGAUAGAGCACAUAUUGAGUGUUCGUCAAUCUCAUCCUGAAGGUUUUCAUGGCCUACGAGUUCUGACGGUGGAAAGGUUUGCUGUCACAUCUGCUAUCUUCAAUGCAUUUAGUCUCCUCUUUAAACUGAGGAAACUUGAGGAGCUCAUACUUGUUAAUGCUUCGCUGGAAGUUCUAUUCCCAUGUGAAGUUGCUCCUUCAGCUCUUGUUAAUAAGGACAGCCCUGGGAAUGUUGUUGCCGCACCGCUAAGGAGAUUGAAGCUGGUCCGAUGUCCCGAGCUAUUCAAUAUUUGGAAGGGAGAUGGCUUUACUUUUCAGAAUUUGACAUGUUUACAGGUGUCAGAAUGCCAUCGGUUGAAAGCUCUCUUGACAGUUUCAACAGCGAAGAGUCUCCCGCAGCUUGCAAAAAUAAGUGCAGUAAGAUGCGAUGCCUUGACAGAAAUAGUGGCUUGUGGCGAAUCUAGCGAUAGUGAUGUACAAGAGGAGAUUGCUUUUAGUCGACUGGAAGUACUGGAGCUUGACUGCUUGACGAGUAUUAAGCACUUCUGUUCAGGAAGCCAUGGACUCAAACUCCCAUGGUUGACAAAAUUAACCAUGGUGGGAUGUCCCGUGAUGAAAAUCUUCUGUCAAGGUGAUAUAAGCACGCCGAAGUUGCAGGACAUAGAGGUAAGAAGAGUACAACGGGAUGGCUCCAGAGAAUCAGGAUACAGUUACAAACUGUACAGUGACCUUAACACAACAAUGAAAAAGUUGUUCGCUGAAAAGAUACUACUGUCCUCGAUGCGUUCAUUAAAGAUCUCUAGUCCAUCGAGUGGAAAGAGAUAUGGCUUGGCACUGGCAGUCUACCUCCUGGGACUUUGGAAGCCUUGGAAUAUCUUACUAUAGAGGAUUGUGGGUUUUUGACGGGA